AUGGAUGGCUUCCGCGUUCGACUGAACUGCAUUGAUCACUACCAGGCUGUCCCUCACGAUGAAUUCGAUCCGCCAGUUCCGUUGGCAGCAGCUGCUCUCAGCAAGAAGGAGCGGCCCAGGGUGUCAGUUUUACGAGUGUUUGGGGCCACCGAGACCGGCCAGCGCGUGCUCAUGCAUAUACAUGGCGCUUUCCAGUACACCUACCUCGAGUAUGCUGGUAGCCUUCUUCCACACGAUGUCGACGUCGCCAUCCAAAACCUGCACCUGUCCAUCGACCAUGCCCUCGCAGUCAGCUACAGAAAGAACAUAUACGAGGGCACCCAUCGCUAUGUUGCCCACAUCUCGCUGGUCAAGGGUGUCCCAUUCUACGGCUACCACGUGGGCUACAAGUUCUACUUGAAGAUCUAUCUGCUCAAUCCCCUCCACAUGAACAGAAUGGCGGACUUGAUGCGGGAAGGUGCCAUCAUGAAGCGCGUGCUUCAGCCAUACGAGAGCCAUAUGCAAUACAUAGCCCAGUGGAUGUGCGACUACAAUCUAUACGGCUGUGGCUAUAUCGAUUGUGGGAAGGUCAAAUUUCGUUCUCCUGUGCCCAACUACCACGAGAUCGACGGUGAUCUGCACCAAUGGCACAAUCAAUCUAUUCUACCAGAGAACAUUUCCGACGAGACUGUGCUGCCUAAGCAGAGCCACUGUGCACUAGAAGUGGACCUUCGCGUCGAGGAUAUCCUGAACCGCCACGACGUUGAACACCGGCCGUUACAUUACGACUUCAUUGAGCGGCUGAAGCCUAUUCCUCUGGAUGCGAAGCUCGUUCAGAGUAUGAAGGGGCUUUGGCAAGAUGAGACGCGGCGUAGAAAGGCAAGAAUGGGUCUGAAAGAUCCUAACAGCACUCCCUUCCCUCCAGAAGUACUCGUCACGAUGUCAGCUGAUCCAAGGAACGUGUCUUCUGGUGGAUGGAUUCAUGAGCAGGAGCUUCGGCAAAAGAUUGACCAGCUGGCUGCAGAUGAGCGCAGCAAAAGCGAGAACGCUGACCUCAAGUUUGAAAGCUAUGUCAAGCCUGUAGCACUGGAAGCCCAGGUCCAAACUGCCCUCGACAGUGUCGAAGACCUUUACUCGCAUAAUAUGAAGAGACACAACGACGUCGCGACAUUGCAGACGAGGGACAGCAUCGGUGAAGUCGUCGUGGACGAACAGCUUAUUCAUGGAGUCAAUGGGCAUCAACGCUCCAGCGAAGAGGAGCGACCACCAGAUGAGCGUGCUGAUGAGCAAUCCGCACAUUCGAGCGAACAUGACAACGCGAAUAAUGGGACGGAAGUACUCAUAAGCUCAUCCGAGUACGAGAAGUAUGGUGUACAUCGAGCUGGUGCCGAUUUCGACCCGACAGCAGACGAUUUUGAAAUUCCGGAUGAGUUUGCACCGGACUCUCGCAAAGGCACGACGAAGCGCAUCCGCUUCGCGCCUGCCAGGAGGUCACGAAAGCGACGAAAGUUGCUGACUGAUGAAAUUGAAGCUCUCUCUGAUCUCCCGGCAGAGGACAGUGACAAUUUCAACGACAGCGGCAUCGAGGACGAACCAGCUGAUCACGAGGAGAAGGCAGACGCUGGCGACACUUUAUCUGACAUUCUCCUCAAGCAAACCCAGCGUCCAGCUGCUUCGUCUGCAGUCCGUCAAGACAUCCCGCGUCCGUCUCAGAAUUCUACGUUGAAGUUUCCAGUUGUAAAAGACCCUCAAAAUCCUGAUACCAUCUCACGCCUUAGCCAGGCCAGCGGUCGAUCGCAACCAUCGACGCAGAAGUCGCUGGUGAAGACGGAUGAUCAGCCGUCUGCCUACAGCAAGGCUAUGGCGGUAUCCUCACCCUCCAUGGCUACGAAGACACUCACAUCCCCCGCCUCUGGCAAAAGUUCCGCUCCAUCAUCAUUGCAACGGGUGCGUCUGCCAGGACUUCAGGCACAUGGAAGCCAAAGCACGGUUCUGGUCUUGCAGACACGGCCACCAACGUCUCAGGUGGUAGCUACGACAAUAAGUAGCACUGGCCUUCCCGAUCAGAUCUACCAAGAAGCAUUCUAUAGCGACGAAGCGGACGUGCCUGACCAAGCUCGCGAGUAUGCCGGGCGAGAAUUCAAGCUUGAGAGCGGCACCAUUCCCUAUCUUCCAGAGUUUGAUCCAACCGGUAUGUCAGCUGCGACCAAGGGCGAGAAGCCUGCAAUAGUCGUCGAUCGCGUUGCAGAGGACAUCGCCGAUAAUCAGCGACGAAAACGAUGUACUCAUACGUCUUGGGCUAUAGCUGAUCCACCACCAAGACCAGCCGGGGUCCUUGUUUGGCUGGAUGCCCAAGCAACGGCACGUGAUACAUUACUACAAGAAACAAAGGCAGGCCAAUCAAAUUCUCCACGAGCUGUACGCUCACAGAUCGAAGCACCUACACCGAAGAACAAGCACGGCUUCAAGUAUUCCGGGAAGCAAGCAUCAAGCUCUGUCCAGCAUGCCACACAAUACAUGUCAACAAUGGCACUAGAAGUGCAUGUCAACACACGUGGCAAGCUUGCACCAAGCCCGGAGCAUGACGAGGUCGCGUGCAUAUUUUGGUGCGUUCAGAAUGACGACGCCGAAGAUUUCGAGUCCAAUGUUUUGGACAAAGCAAACCUGCGCAUGGGUCUACUGGCACUAGCUGAGGACGAGCGCGGUGCGGCACAAUUCAGACGAUCAGCCACGUCACUUGGUGAAGUUGAUGUCGAUACAGAAGACACCGAGCUGGACAUGUUCACUAGACUGGUAGACAUCGUCAGGGCAUAUGAUCCAGACAUUCUUACUGGGUACGAAGUCCAUAAUUCAUCCUGGGGCUAUCUCAUCGAGAGGGCGCGGGUGAAGUACGACAUGAACUUAUGCGACGAGAUCUCUAGGAUGAAGUCACAGAGUCACGGUCGAUUUGGCAAGGACGAAGACAGGUGGGGCUUCAAUCACGCCAGCACCAUCCGAGUGACUGGGCGCCACACCAUCAACGUUUGGCGCGCGAUGAAAGGAGAGCUCAACCUUCUUCAGUACACAUUGGAGAAUGUAACCUUUCAUCUGCUUCAGAAGAGAGUGCCACAUUACCACUUCAAGGAUUUGACAUCAUGGUACAGGUCGAAAGUCCCCCGAGAGCGAGCUCGGGUCCUCGAAUACUUCUGUGAACGAGUGCGGAUCGACCUUGAGAUUCUCGACGCGAAUGAACUCGUCGCACGGACCAGUGAGCAAGCCCGCCUGAUCGGCGUCGACUGGUAUUCUGUCAUCAGUCGAGGCAGUCAGUUCAAGGUCGAGAAUAUAAUGUUCCGCAUUGCAAAGCCGGAGAAUCUGCUCCUACCCAGCCCGAGCAGACGCCAGGUCGGAGGGCAAAAUGCCUUGGAGUGCCUGCCACUCGUGAUGGAGCCAAUGAGUGACUUCUACACGAGUCCGCUGCUCGUGCUAGACUUCCAGAGCCUGUACCCCAGCUGCAUGAUUGCCUACAACUAUUGCUAUUCCACAUUCCUAGGUCGAGUCGUGAGCUGGCGUGGCACAAACAAGAUGGGGUUCAGCAACUAUCAGCGACAAGAAGGGCUUCUUGGACUUCUCAAGGACUAUGUCAACAUUGCACCCAACGGCAUCAUGUACGUCAAAAAAGAGAUCCGCAAGAGUUUGCUCGCCAAAAUGCUGUCAGAGCUUCUGGAAACACGAGUGAUGGUCAAAAGUGGCAUGAAGGUGGAUAAAGACGACAAGACUUUGCAGCGGCUGCUCAACAAUCGGCAGCUGGCGCUCAAACUGAUUGCCAACGUCACGUACGGCUACACCUCAGCCAUUCAGACGGGUAGAGAGACAUUGGAGAAGGCAAUCGCUCUCAUCCACAACACGGAGAAAUGGGGAGCGGAAGUCGUCUACGGUGACACUGACAGUCUCUUCGUCUACCUCAAAGGUCGAACGCGUGCACAAGCCUUCGAUAUUGGUGAAGACAUUGCUGACACCAUCACCAAGCUCAAUCCACGGCCUGUCAAGCUUAAGUUCGAGAAAGUCUAUCAUCCCUGUGUUCUACUGGCGAAGAAGCGCUACGUCGGUUUCAAGUACGAGAGUCGAUCACAGACCGAGCCUGACUUUGACGCCAAAGGCAUUGAGACUGUCCGCAGAGACGGCACCCCAGCGCAGCAGAAGAUCGAGGAGAUGGCUUUGAAAGUGCUAUUCCGGACGGCUGAUUUGAGCAAGGUGAAAUCAUUCUUCCAAGCACAGUGCGCUAAGAUCAUGCGCGGGAAGGUGUCCAUCCAGGAUUUCGUUUUCGCCAAGGAAGUCAAGCUGGGCACCUACAGUGACAAAGGUCCUCCGCCUCCGGGAGCUCUGAUCAGCGCUCGACGGAUGGUCGAAGAUGCACGUCUAGAGCCACAAUACGGUGAGCGUGUCCCAUACGUAGUUGUCACAGGUGGCCCAGGAGCCAGACUCAUUGAUCGGUGCGUGGAUUUGGAUGUGCUUCUCCACGAUGCACAGUCUGAGCUCGACGCGGACUACUACAUCACGAAGAAUCUGAUUCCGCCUCUCGAGCGCAUAUUCAAUCUGGUCGGUGCCAAUGUCAUGCAGUGGUACGAUGAGAUGCCAAAGUACCAGCGUAUACGGCGGAUUGAAGCAGGAGUUGCAAGCGACGGACGAGAAGUCAACGCAGCGAAGAAGACAUUGGAGGCUUACAUGAAGAGCUCGACGUGCCUUGUGUGUAAGGACUCGUUGGACACUGGCAGUCCCAUUUGUAGCAGCUGCCUUGACCAGGCUCCUCACAGUCUUCUACUCCUCAAGGCGAAGCUGGCACGAGCACAACAGAGGUCUGCAGGGCUGCUGAAAGUCUGCCGCUCGUGCUCGGGUUUGAGCUGGAAUGAGUCUGUGAGGUGUGACAGCAAGGACUGUCCGGUGUUCUACACUCGGACGAGGACCAGGGCAGCAUUGACGAAUGAUGAGGCUGUCUUUGGGCCUAUCGUGAGUCUGCUGGAGGAAAAGCAGAACGAGAGUAUCGACUGGUGA